AUGCAAGGGACUAAAACGUUUUUGGUGCUCUCGUUGCUGCUGACAUUCCGGGAUGGGGUCCAUGAGAUUCUCAGUGCGCCUGGUUGGAUACGCUGCACGGUGGCUGCUAAACACGUCAGCAGCGUUCAUAUUGGCAGUUUCCAUCCAGGUUGUCUGAAUGAUCUUCUGGUGCGAGCGCCUCGAAAAAGUGGGGCCGCGCCAUUUUGCUUUUGGCGCCAACACCCGUGGACACGUAUGUUUCCUCAUACCCCCUACUUCGGUAUUACUCCACACUAUUAUGGGUUCGUGGGAAUUCCUCCCCCGCAACUGGUAACAGUGCCGCAGGUUAUCCCAACCCCGGUUACUGUGGCCGCUCCGGCCCUUGCAGUCACCACACAGUCGGAGACCCCAGUGGUGCAAUAUGUUCGAGAGAAACCCCCGGUUACAACAGUUUUUGUGGGAAACAUAUCAGAUCGUGCCCCAGACCAGCUCAUAAAGACGCUUCUAAUGCGCUGUGGAAAUAUUCUCAGCUGGAAACGGGUCCAGGGAGCUUCUGGAAAGCUUCAGGCUUUUGGAUUUUGUGAGUAUGAAGAUCCUGAAUCUACGAUGAGAUGCGUGCGCUUAUUAAAUGGUCUGGCUGUGGGAGACAAAAAGCUUCUGGUGAAAGUUGAUCCAAAGACAGAAGACCUACUAAAUGAGUACAAAAAGAAGAAGGAAGAGAAGGGUGAGCAGGGGAAACUGGGUGCCACCGCUGAAGAAGUGGAUUCGUCCACCCUACGUGACGAUGAAGGUGUUAAAUCUGCCCUCGAAGACAUUUUGAAAGAGCACGAAUCUUUGCUUGAUGGUAGCGGUUCGUCCAUGCCUUUUUCUUUUUUACGCACUUCAGAUUCCCCUAGAAAAUCAGAUAAUUACUCGGAGGGCCCUCGUCACCUGACCAUGGAGGAUAUGGACCUGGACGAUGAACGGAAGGAUCUCAUCAACCGCGAGAUUGAGAUUUUCCGGAGGAGAAAUGAGGCAAAUCAGCGAAUUGCUCGGUGUUCCGACAACAUGCGCUGGGUUGGUGCUAUGCGCACUUGCUCCCAUCAUCUGCUACUCUGUUUCGGACGUACGCAGAUUUACCUUGUACACCAAAAGUGUCGUCUUUCUUUGUGCCCCCUCGUCUCUAUCGUGUCAACCGUCAGUGUUGUAUCCCACAUGACAGUCUCGAAGGAAGACCAGAGCGAACCAACUCCUCGACGCCCUAAACCACGAGAACUCGAUCGACCUAACGCAGGUGGGCUGCAACUCUAUGCAGCUUAUGUUGAUGGUGAUAGACGAGAGCGAGAACUGAGACGAGAAAAGCCUGGGGUUGGAAGCUCACGCUCGCCUGAAAAGCGCAGAAUUGUAGAUGAGGAGGAAGAAGCCAUACGAAAGAAACUGGAAAGGAAGUUGCGUGAAAAGGAGGAGUCUUACCAGAAGCGUUUGAAACAGUGGGAGACUCGAGAGAGGAAAAAAGCAAACGAAUACGAGCAUGAGCGUGAGCAUGAACAAAAAAGACAGCGAGAGCUGCAAAUUGAGGCCCAGCGCUUAAAAGAGUUUUUCGAGGAUUAUGAUGACGAAGUUGAAGAUCCCAAGUAUUACCGGUACGUUCUGGCAAAAAUAACUGACAUAGUGAUCCUUGCAGGCGAUUUGAAUGCUCAAGUAGGUCGUCUGAGCUCCUUGGAAUCACAUUUGGGUGGUCGUUUCGGAGUCGAUGCUCGCCGCACAGACAACGGAGAUCGACUCCUUCAGCUGUGUGCUGAUCACGAACUGUUUCUGGCAAGUACGAACUUUCAACAUAAACGUUCGCACCGCGUAACCUGGCGGCCGCCAACUACAAAUCAACCGUGGACCCAGUUGGACCACGUGGCCAUCAGCCACCGGUGGAGAGCCACAAUUCAAGACUGCCGUUCCUUUUGGGGCACACCACUUGAUUCCGAUCACGCCGUGGUGCGCGCACGCUUGACAGUUCGUUUCUCUUCAAAGGACUGCCAACAGUAUCGAUCUGAGUUAACCCAACAACUCUCCGCAGUAAAACAACCCUGUGGUGGCAGUUGGCAUCUGGAUGAAGCGUGGCAAAAUGUGAAAGGAGCUAUACUAGCGGCGUUCAGUGCUGCCUGCCCGACUUCUCCAAUUCGACCAAAAGACAACUGGAUGUCGUCGAGGUCGUUAUCCAUGAUUGAUGCCAGGAAAACCAUACCAGCAGGCAACGAGUACGACGAUGCACGCAAAUCCCUCAAACGUCAAACAGUGAAGAGUCUAAGAAAAGACAGUGAGCUCUGGUGGAUAUCGAAAGCUCGGAAGAUGGAGAAGGCUUUUGCUACGGGAAACAGCCGUGCCCUUUAUCAACUGAUACGAUCGACUGGCCCUAGGAAAGCAACGGUCAACGAAACGAUAGAUGCGCACUUCGAAGAGCAGUUCAGCUGGCCUCAUGCAACACAGCCAAUGGAGGUAAUGCAUACGGGCGAAUGGAAUGUAAACCUUGAUCGCUCUUCGGAUGAAGAAGUAAGUUAUGAAGUAGCCGUACUGAAACGUGAGAAGGCACCAGGACCGGACGGUCUGUAUCCAGGCCCCUUCAAAGAAGGCGGAAAACCCCUGGUGACCCACCUGACAAAGCUUAUUGGUGCUAUAUGGGACGAAGAAAAAGUGCCUGCAGAAUGGGGCAUGUCGACGGUUAUCCCCACCUUCAAAAAGGCCCCGGUGGUCUCGCGAAAGAUGAUAUUUCCAUCCGAAUUGGGAAGGCCAGAGCAGCUUUUGCGAACCUACGUCACCUGUGGCGUAGGCGUGACAUCAGCUUCUCUGUCAAGGGUCGAGUUUACAAUGCUGCGGUGCGCUCCAUAUUACUAUAUGGAUCAGAAACCUGGCCGCUGCGCGCCAAGGACGUCAAAAGACUUUCACUGUUCGACCAUCGAUGUCCUCCGAACAUUGCCCGAAUCUGGUGGGAACACUGGAUCAGCAAUUCUGAAUGGAAGCGCACUCCAUCAACGUCUCAAGGACCGUGAAGUGGAAGAAGCUGCAGACGAGCGAGAUCGUCAAAAAGAAGUCGAGCAGAUUGAUGCGGCUCGCCGUAAGCUGAUUGACGAGAAAGAUCCCAACGCUGAGUCCAUAAUUUUCCAAAUGGAACAAAAAAUGCAAGAGCAUUUGCGUCGGCGCCUGAAUAUCGAUACAACGGAACCGGUCGCAGCUUCGGACAGUGAACCAGAAGGGCAAGAACCUAUAUCCGAAUCGGUGCCUCAAAGUGAUCAUCGGGCUUUCGUUGAAGUCCAAAACGAACCACAGGAAAAACACUCAGAAUCUGCUCGUGCUUCACCAGCGUCACCAUCGAACACUGCCGAUCCUUCUGGACCUGCACAAUCCCAAUUCCAGCCAACUGAGUUUUCAAAUCCACCAGCUGAUGAAGCAAGUGUUAGUUUGUCCAAAGACGGCUCGAGCACCUUUUUAUUUGCAAUGAAUACAGCGGAGUCUGUGGUGCGUAAAAAAGCUGCUGCAUUCACUGAGGAAGAACCCGAAGAAAAAUCCAAGAAGCCAGCCCUAAGUUGGCUCCCGCCUUCUGCCUUCGCAGCUCCGACCACAUCGUCAGAGCCAAUCACAAAUACUCGGUCAAACGGUUUAGAUUCAAUGUCCGCAGCUGCUUUGGUGGCAAACUUCACCAGCGAGGAACGAAAUGCUCUAAUUAAGAAGAUCAUUAAAGGGAUCCCCACAGCAAAAAAAGAAAUCUUCAGCUAUCCUAUCGACUGGGAUGUAGUUGAUGCCAACUUCAUCAAUACGCGCAUAAAGCCCUGGGUGGACAAGAAGAUAAUUGGCUAUAUUGGUGAAGCCGAGGCCACCCUUUCCAACUUCAUUUGUGAUCAGCUCUUGCAUCACCAUCCACCAGAACGUAUAUUGUCCGACAUUGCAAUGUCUGCCGACAACCAGGAUCUCGACGACGGUGAAGGUGACUUACCUAUGCAUUUUCAAAUCAGUGCUCGCCUACGCACCAUUUUACGUUCUGUUGCGUCCCCUUUUUCUGCAUACAAGUACACGCUGCUUGGGUCUCAGAAUGGUGCGGAUUCUAGAGCUUUGAAGCAACUUGUUAAAAGGCGCUUAUCUAUGCUGCGUCAUUUUCUUUUCUACUUAGGUCUACCGUUCUCGAUUUUGUUGUUGUAUGUAAAUUUAUCCAUAGGCCUAGUACUGUCUGUUCCCCUCCUCUUUCUCGCCAUUAUAUUUUUCUUCCAUUCAAUCGAGAACUCUCUGGUUUACGCCUAUGAUGAACCGGAACAUGCUCGGUUGCUUUGUGAGGAUCCAGAAAAUUAUGGCUUCCGUACGUGGGAGUUGGUUAAGCUCUUUCCUGAUGGCAAACCAAUGCCAAUGAUAACUGGCUAUUUGCUUUUGCAGGAUGACCCUUCUGUCCGCCCCACUUCCCCAACCGUCCUCAUUCUACAUGGUAACGCCGGGAACAUUGGUCACCGUUUACCAUUUUGUCGUCUUCUGGCCGACCAUGUACAGUGUAAUAUCUUGAUUGUCGAUUAUCGUGGUUAUGGACGUAGUAGUGGCAAGCCUACUGAGCCAGGAUUGUAUGCGGACGCAAAAGCCAGCUUGGAGUUCCUCCUGGAUCGAACUGAUAUAGCAAAGGACAAGCUCUUUCUAUUCGGUAGAUCAAUUGGUGGAGCUGUUGCUAUUUGGCUCACAGCGCAUCUUCGGAGUGCGAUCUUGCGCGGUGUCAUAAUUGAAAACAGUUUCACUUCUUUACCUGAGGCGGCGCAACACAUAUUCAGCAAAUCGUUCGGAUCUUUCGCUCGCCAUCUGCUUCCAAAAGCGCUUUUCAUAAACAAAUACCCUGCCUUAGACCUGAUGAGAGAAUUCGUCUGCAGAAGCUCUGUUCGUCCCCGAUUUCUUUUCAUUUCUGGUUCCGCUGAUGACCUGAUUCCCCCGAGAAUGAUGCAGGAGCUUGCUCAUGUGUAUCGGUUUUCGGGCAGUGAUAAUGUUAACCUCGGUGCAGAUUGUGGUUCUGCAAGCCCUUCCAGUUUCUUAAAGGAUGGAAAAGAUGGCCUUGUGUGUUUCCCUGGUGGGCAACACAAUAAUACCUGGCUGUGCCCAGAUUGGGGUAAUGUUGUUUCACACUUCAUUGAGCAAGCUUGUGCCUGUCCAUCCCGUACUGUGUUCAGUGGUACAAUAUAG